UUCGUUUCGUUUUGAAGCUAUAUAAGUUAUGGUGCACAUUUGUUGUGAUUGAUUCAUUUUAGAUAACACAACGAAAUUAAUGUGAACGGUGUAGAUUUUAUAAUUUGGUGUUUGAAAUUCCAUUAUUGUGAAACUAUCAUCAUCAUCAUCAACAUUAUGAUUAUGAUGAGACAGAUUAUAAUAUUAUUAGUGUUGUGUUUUGGCUUUUCAACAUUUUUCAACAUGUUAACCAUCGUUGAUGCAAGCCGUAAAGGUGGUGAUAUAUUGAUUCUUAAAGGUGGCCAUGGUGGCCAUGGUUGUGGACAUAUUUUUCUCAAAACUGGUCAUCGAAAAAAAGGCGAUAUAUUGAUCAUAGGUGGUGAUUGUAAACAUGAAGAUACACAUUAUAUUCCGGUACCUUAUGGUAUUGGAGGUGGAUAUGGUGGUGGACAUGCUGAUCCUGGUGUUUAUAGACGUAAACGGCGAUCAAUUUUGGGUAAAAUGUAGAAUAAAAAAAAUAUGAUUUGAUGGGUCAAAAUACGGAUACAACUAAUUGCAGCCAAUCAUCAAUAAUCAAAUCGAUCAACGCAAACAUAUCCUCUCUAUCUCUCUCUCUUAAUCUAAAUAUAUUUGAUCAUUUUUUUCUUUGUUGUUGUUAUAUUUUUAAAUCUGUAAUCAAAAUUUCUUUAUCUCACUGGGAUUUAUUUUUUUUUUCACAUUUUUUAUUGAAAGUAAAAGUUUGUCAUUUCAAA